CUUCCCCAUUUUUCAUUUCUAUGCAUACUUGCUAUUUUACUAAUAAUUUUUUUUAGCUAUAGCUUGUCAUUUGAUGUUCUUUACUUUUUAGCGCAUUGCUUUCAUUAAGCCUAAGUAGUUAGUUCAUAUUUGUUUCUGACCAGACUCCAGGUUUUAGUUUCUGAGCUAAUUUCUCUCAAUGCAGUCUCUAAUUAUCUAGAUCAUGCCCACUUGUUGCUAGCCACAAACUCCUUAUCUAAUUUUUCUUCUUCUUUAGAUGGACCACAAAAUUAUUAACAUUUUCUCCUUCCAUUAUUUAGUACAUAUAUAUAAAUUUAGUGGUGCCUUGAUGGGGCCUUGGUUACCAUCGAUGUUAAGAUAUUCAUGGUCAUGCUAUAGUUGUGAGAAGCAAAUAUUUGUCUUUGAGCUGAUAAUGACACGCGAAUGGCCUUAAUUAUAAUCAUAAGGACGCUUACAUUCAAUUACUUAGUACUUUGUAGGGUCUAGGAAUCAACUAGGACGGACAGCUGAGUUACAUAAUUGAGAAAGAAUCUUACAUUUUAUUGUCCAGUGAAGAGGUAUGCUCUGUUGUUUCUUGAUUCAUUUUGACAAUUUUGAAGAUUCAUCUUCUUAAAUAUUCUUUUGAAGAGAAAUCUGAAAAUAAUGUGUUAUUAACUCUACAUCCACUAUUGAAUGAAACAAGUUCUAGGUUUCUUAUCAGGGCAUUGCUUUUAAGGGGGAGUCCUCUUUUUAAAGUUCUUCCUAAUUUCCCACACAGGAUGGCUGCCAUGCCAACAAAUCUUUUUAAAUAAUCGUAGCCUUUUUUUUUAAAUAAAUAUUUAUAGAAGUUUGAUGGUGUAAGCAUUCUCAGUUGCUAUCCUUGACCUGCACCAAUGUCCUAAGUUGUCCUAAGCUUAUGACCGAACUACAAUUUCUCUUACUUCCUCGAGCUUUUAAAACCAGUUUAAAAACAUUUAUUAUUGUUGUUGUCCUCAGAGGAGGGAAAAAAAAAAGAAAAAGAAAGAAAGAAAGAAGAAAACUCUGUACAUCAACUUCAGUAGUGGAUGUUUUUGUUCUUGUAAAUGUAAGAACAUCAUCAAUCUCUUAUUACUAUCAAUUAAUCAAGACCCUAGGCUUUUCCUUAGAGGGAAGAAGGGGGAAAUAAAACUAUGACUUACAUUUCAGCAUUAUCAUUGUCUCUUUGCUAUAUACAAAAUCUUCUCUAACCUUCUUUGUCUUUUCAACUGAGAAGAACUAAUAACAGCAACGCUUGCAGACAUAUUUGCUCCUUUCAUUAUUGAUUACUAGGUUGUAGGUAGGAAGAGAACAAGUAGCUAAGCUGGAGAAUCGGUGGUUUGUUCUGCUUAAGCAACAAGAAUAUGCCACUAUGUUAAGCUAAGCACUAAAAGUUCCCCCAUUCGAGAUACCUUUCUUGUAUCUUUGUAGUUCAUUGUGCAAGAUGCCUUCUUCAAUCCCUUUGUUUCUCCUAAUCCUCCGUUAUAAAUAUGGAUAGUAAGGGAAAACACUUCACUCCCGAGACGCUUAUUAUCUACGCUUUUUUGAGAAACACUUGUUGUCUACUUCUUUUACAUAAAAGAAGCAGAACAAUGGAAGGAAAAAGACCAACACCCUCUAUCCUACCAUUCUUCCUCCUCUCACUACUGAUUCUCACCCCUUUUGCUGACUGCCGCAAGAAGCGGCUACACAGGCCUUGUAAGAACCUUGUGCUCUACUUCCAUGACAUUGUUUACAACGGGAAAAACAUGGAAAAUGCCACUUCAGCCAUAGUAGCAGCCCCUGUGUGGGCGAACCGCACAGCCCUAGCUAAUUUGAUGCAUUUUGGUGAUAUGGUCGUCUUUGAUGACCCAAUCACUUUAGAUAACAACCUGCAUUCUGAACCAGUUGGUCGAGCACAAGGCAUGUAUUUGUAUGUCAAGAAGGAGAUUUAUACGGCAUGGCUGGCUUUCACCUUUGUGCUCAACUCAACAGAGCACCAAGGGACUCUAAACUUUCUUGGGGCUGAUCCAUUGAUGAACAAGACACGGGAUAUAUCUGUGGUGGGUGGGACAGGGGAUUUCUUGAUGAGCAGAGGGAUUGCGACGAUUAUGACUGAUGCAUAUGAGGGUGAGGUGUAUUUUCGACUCCGAGUUGAUAUCAAGCUCUAUGAAUGCUACUGAAGCGGCGAGAAGACUGAGGUUGUGUAAGGGGAAUAUAUAGUCUGUGAGCAAUUUAUAGCAGUGGUUGUUUUGGUUUGUUUUUACAGGUUUACAUGUAUUGUUGAAUUGGGUAGAAAUGUAUUGUCGUGGAGAAAUUUCUGGAUGCUUUAAAGUCUUGAAGCACUGUGUUUUUCUAAACUUCUUCUUAUUCUUCUUCUUGUUAUUUUGAGUGGGUCCCUGUCACUUCUUUCAAUGCGGAGAGGAUUUCUUCU